AUAACAAGAAAGAUGAUGAAUGAGUAAGGUGGGAUCCAACAAGAGUGUGGUAAAGAAUGGUGUUAUUUAUAAAUUAAUUUUUCUUGAGCUCAAUAAAAAACCUCAAUGAAGGAAGGCAAAGGUAUAGCCAUCUGGUAUGUUUAUGAUUCUUAAUGAUUAAUUGCUCGAAGACUGAUAAAUUGGGAUAUCAUCAGUUGUAGAAAUGGAAGAAAGUAAUGAACCUGAACAGCCUAUAUCAUUAGGGAGGCAGGAAUAUAGAAGGAGAAGACGACCCAGCCAACCAAUGGUAGAUAAGUCCCAGCAAACUGAAGUAACAGAAAAAAAGAAAGGCAUGGCUGCAGUACAACCUCCUGCUCCUAAAGCUACCCAUAGUAUUGGUACUAUUCCUGAAAGAAAAGACAACUACUCUGGAAAAGAAUAUGAGUCUUUUAGACUGUCCUCUCAACUUCAGCAAACUUGGGUGAAGAGAAAGCCUGGUCAGGAAAUGACUGACAAAUCUUUGCAGACAGACACUUCUGUGGAAGAAAAAGUGGAAGUCAUAUUCAUUGAUAAAACACUUACACUUGAAGAAAGCACAGCUCAUGUUGGAGAAACAGCUCCUGAAUUGCCACAAAGUAUUCCAGAAGUAGAGGUUCAAACAAACAGACCCACCUCUCAUUUAAUAGACAGAUCUCAGCAGACAAGCUGUAUUGGUGACUGGAGUCUGAUUUGUGCGAAAGAGAAAGUGGACAAAGAACAACAGACCUACUUCAGUGAGUUAGAAAUUACUAUCACGUCUAUGCCAGGUAGCUCCCUGAUUAAGUCAAAGGAAGAAACAAUGCCCAUUGCACAAGAAGGUUCUUUUGUUGAAUUAAAUGGUUCUCUUGAAAUAGAGGUACUGUCAACUGAAAAAGUCCCUGAUGUCGUGAUGUCUUUCACUGAAGGGGAGAUUUCUGGUGAAUUACAGGCUCUACCAGCUGAUGAGGCCACAGAUAAAGCAGAGCUUGUCUUUACAGAGGAGACCCCUAUCCAAGCACCACCUCCAGCUAAAGAGACCUCUGCAGCUGAGACAGCCACUACAACUGCGAAAGAGAUUGUGGAUAUACAGGCUCUGCCAGCUGAUGAGCUUUCUUCUAUGGAGACCCCUGUUGAGAUUAGUCCUCUAUUAGUGCAAGGGGCUCUUUCAGAUGAGCCUUCUGAUCUACAGUAUCCCCCCAAAAUUGAGGUGGCUCCUUCAGAACUUCCUGCUGAAGAUCUGGUUCCACUCUCAGAAGAGGUGCUUGAGGAAGUUCAAGCUUUAGCAAUUGACACUGUCCUUGAAGACACAGGUAGAGCAGAGUCUACUACUGUGGAAGAGACAACUGGUGAAGUUCAACCUCCUCUGUCUGAAGAGACUUCUAAAGAAGUACCUUCUGAACGAAUUGUUAUUGUAAUAGAUAAGGAAUUUGCUAUUGAUGAGGUCUAUGAAGAAGAUCAGCCUCCAACAUUUGAGGAAGACUCUGCAGAUAAGGCUACUGCAGAAGUUCAGCCUCCACCAGCAGAGGAUGCUUCUAAAGAAGUGGCUCCUUCAGAAGUUUUGCCUCCACCAACUGAACAGGGUAUUGUAGAAGACAUGACUGCAGAGAUUCUAUCUCCACCAACUGAGGAGGGCCCUGUGGAAGUUCCACUUCCACCAACUGAGGAGGGCCCUGUGGAAGUUCUACUUCCACCAGCUGAGGAGGGACCUGAAGAAGUUCCACCUUUAGUAACUGAAGAGGAGCCUGCAGAGGUUCCACCUCCACCAGCUGAGGAGGCCCCUGCAGAGGUUCCACCUCCGCCAGCUGAGGAGGGCCCUGCAGAAGUACCACCUCCACCAACUGAGGAGGGCCCUGCAGAAGUACCACCUCUACUAACUGAGGAGGGCCCUGCAGAAGUACCACCUCUACUAACUGAGGAGGGCCCUGCAGAAGUACCACCUCCACCAGCUGAGGAGGGCCCUGCAGAAGUUGCACCUCCACCAACUGAGGAGGGCCCUGAAGAAGUUCAACCUCGAGCAGCUGACGAGGGCCUUCCAGAAGUUCAACCUCCAACAGCUGAGGAGGGCCCUGAAGAAGUUCAACCUCCAGCAGCUGAGGAGGGCCUUCCAGAAGUUCAACCUCCAGCAGCUGAGGAGGGCCCUGUAGAAGUUUUAUCUCCACCAGCUGAGGAAGACCUUGCAGAAGUCCCACCUACACCAGUUGAGGAGGGCCCUGCAGAAGUACAACCUCCACUAACUGUGGAGGGACCUGAAAAAGUUCUACCUCCAGAAACGGAGGAGGCCCCUACAGAUCUUCCACCUGCAGCAACUGAAGAGCAUCCUGUAGAAGUUCAACCUCCAGCAACUGCAGAGGGCCCUGCAGAGGUUCAACCUCCACUAACUGAGGAAGGCCCUGCAGAAGUUGCACCUCCAGCAGCUGAGGAGGGCCCUGCAGAAGUACAACCUCCAGCAGCUGUAGAGGGCCUUGCAGAAGUUCCACCUCUACCAGCUGAGGAGGCCCCUGCAGAAGUUUCACCUCCACCAGUUGAGGAAGCCCCUGCAGAAUUCCCCCCUUCACCAGCUGAGGAGGCUCCUGCAGAGGUUCCACCUCUAUUAGCUGAGGAGGUCCCUGUAGAAGUUACACCUCCACCAGCUCAGGGGAUCCCUGAAGAAGUUACACCUUUAGCAACUGAGGAGACCCUUGCAGAAGUUCCACCUCCACCAAUUGAAGAGGGUCCUGCCCCUGCAGAAAUUUCAUCUCCACCAGCUGAGAAGGACCCUGCAGAAGGUCUACCUCCAUCAACUGAGGAGAACCCUGUAGAAGUCCCUACAGAAGUUCAGCUUCCACACGCUAAAAGUCCUGCAGAGGUUCUACCUUUAUCAGGUGAAUCCCCUACUGAGGAGGCCUCUGCAGAAGUUCAGCCUCCAUCCCUUGAGAAGGCUCCUUUAGAAAGUCUUUCUCUAGAAGUUGUGAUUCCACAAGCUGAGGAAUUCCCUGUAGAUGAUUUAUCCAUUGAAGUGCAACCUCUGCCAGCUGAGAAGGACAUUGCAGUAGGGGUCCCAGUUGAAUUUCAGGCUCUUCCAGCUGAUGAAUAUUCUGCAAAAAAGGAUACUGUUGAAAUACAGCCUUCAUCAUUUGAGGGUGCUCCAAUAGAAGAAAACCCAGUUGAAGCUCAGCUUCCAGCAGCCAAGGCAGAUACUGCCGUAGAGGCUUCUGCAGUUCAUCCUUUGUCAUUAGCUCCUACAGAUGAAACUCCUGCAGACAUUCAGAUUCUACAGCUUGAAGAGACUCUUACAGAAGUCGCACCAGUUGAAGGUCAGCCUUUACCAGCUGAGGAGGUCUUUCCCAAAGUGGUCUCAGAAGAAGAAGCCACUGUAGCUGAAGUUAAGCCUCCUUUAUCUGAGGGGGCUCCUGCAGAAGAAGCCACUGUGGAAGCCCAAUUGACAUCAAUUGAAGAGAGCCCUAAAAGGGCUUCUGUUGAUAUUCAACCUCCAUCACCUGAGACCCCUGUAGAACAGUCUCCUGUUGUUGAACAGCCUUUAAAAACUGAUGUGGUUCCUAUGCAAGAGCUUCCUGUGGAAAAGAUGUCUGCUGAAGAUCCACUUCUACCUUCAGAACAAACCCCUGCAGAUCAGGAUCUACUAAAAGAAGAUCAAUUGUCCCAGUUUGACAAAUCCCAGAGUCACCAAGGAAGAGGGAACCUCAACUGAAGAAUUGUCUCAAUCAUACUGCCCUGUGGGCAUAUUUGUGGGCAUUUUUUAAAUUGCCACUUGACAUAGGAAGUUUCAACUCUCCUACUGUGGACAAGACCAGCCCUAGGACUACGGGCCUGAGAUGUAUCAGAGUGGAUGUAUCACAGAUGUUGCAAAGCAUGAGUCAGAGUGGAUCAGUAAGCAGCAUUCUCCCACAGUUCUGGCUCAGGUUCCUGCCUUGAGUUCCUGUUAUGUUUGUUUUGUUGAAGGGUAAUAACCUUUGAAAUAGAAGCUAAAAUAAACCUUUUCCAAAGGUU